UCUGGAGCUGAGGGCCGCGGAGUCGCCAUUCCUGACGUGGUCCGACGUCAUCAACGCUCGCCGCGAGCGUCCAGAGGGCCUGAGCUCUCGGCUGUGCGGUUUGACCCGAGAUGCUGCGGUUGUUCCGGGCCGCUUCGCAGGCCUGGCGUCGACCCUCUGGCUCCCGGGUCCUCAACUCGCUAGCGGAGGACGCGACACGGCCAGCCGAGAGCUCGGAGCCGGGGGAUAGCGUGGGUGAGGCGGCCGCGAUCACAUCUUGGCACAGAGCUGGGCAGGGUGCACCGAAAGUGUUGGGUUUUGUUCCUGACCCGUGUUCACUCAUUCCCCGACCCCCAGGCCUCCUAGAUCCCGUGUUGCGCAAGUGCGAGCUUCGGAUCCCGGCGCCCCGGCGCCCGGUGCAGGCCUGGGUCGAGUCGCUGCGAGGCUUCGAGCCGGAGCGCGUUGGCCUGGCAGAGCUGCACCCUGAUGUGUUUGCCACGGCGCCCCGGCUGGACAUUCUGCACCAGGUUGCCACCUGGCAGAAGAACUUCAAGAGAAUCAGCUACGCUAAGACCAAGACCAGGGCUGAGGUGAGUGGUGGUGGCCGCAAGCCCUGGCGACAGAAAGGCAGUGGCCGUGCCCGGCAUGGCAGCAUCCGUUCCCCCCUAUGGCGGGGAGGAGGCGUAGCCCAUGGUCCCCGGGGCCCUACAAGUUACUACUACAUGUUGCCCAUGAAAGUGCGGGCACUGGGCCUCAAGGUGGCCUUGACCGUCAAGCUGAUGCAGGAUGACCUCCACAUCGUGGAUUCCCUGGAGCUGCCCACUGCAGACCCUCAGUACCUGACAGAGCUGGCCCAGUACCGCCACUGGGGGAGUUCCGUGCUCCUUGUAGACUUGGCACAUGAGGAGAUGCCCAAGAACGUUGUGGCGGCCACCUCUGGGCUCAAGAGCUUCAACCUGAUCCCUGCAGUGGGCCUGAAUGUGUACAGCAUGCUCAAACACCAGACUCUGGUCCUCACCCUGCCUUCCGUCGCCUUCCUGGAGGACAAGCUACUCUGGCAGGAUUCAAGAUACACUCCACUCUACCCCUUCCGCUUGCCCUACAAUGACUUCCCCUAACUCUGCCCUGGUCACCUAGAGGCCCACUCCACUUGGGGGCCAAGUCAGCACACCAGCAAUCCUGCAAAAAAGCUGUUCCCUGGAAGCUGCUGAGUCUUGGUGCCAGGAGGGGUAACUGCACAGAGCCAAGAAGAGUGCCUCCCUGGGGAUCUCUUUUGUCACAUUAAAAAUAAACCCUGUUUUUCACAAUA